UGGACCCAGCUGCGGCCCCGGCGGAGGCUCCCAGUGACCGAGCAGGCUCCGAGCCUCUCGCAUGCUCCGUCCCCCGCGUUGUACUGCGGCUGAGCCGGGGCGAGCGUGGCGUUUGCACUCUCCUUUGGCUCUUGUCCUUUCGGUUUUAGAUCUCGGCUUUGUAAGUUGAUUAUUCACGAUAUCCAAAGAUGAAGAGGAAAGUUACAACAGCUGGGAAAUUGAGGCAUAGUCCUAAUGAAGAAGCCAUGCUUCUGAAAGAAGAAUAUGAAAGAAGAAGAAAACUGAGGCUACAACAAGUUAGAGAGCAGCAGAAGUAUAUUGCCUUGCAGAUAAGGCAGAAGGUAAAGCAGAGGAGAGAAGAACAAUUGCAUCAGUUAGAGGAGGCACUGAGAGCUCAAUGGCAGAAAGCACAGGAUCAAAAGAUGAAAGCCCUGGAAGAACUGUAUUUAUCAAACUUAAGAGCAAUUGGUGAGGGUCACCGACAGGCCAAGGAGAAUGAACCUGACUUAGAAGCUCUGGCAAAGCAAGCAGAAGAAAGGAAACAAAGAGCAGAGACGAGACAUAGAAAAGCUCUGAAAGAGCAGAAGUACCAGAAAGAAAAAGUUCUUCAUGAGCAAGCCCGACGAACAGAUGCGCGUAAACAUGCUCUGGAAGUGGAAAGGCAAAGAGCAGCGAAAGUUGCAAGCCUACCACCCCCUCCACCACGUCCUUUUGAGACAGUGAAAAAGAUUCCUCUGGUGAAGCCCUAUGGUUCUGGCAACUUUUCUGUUACACGUUACCAUAUUUCUGGAGCUUAUGUGGACAGAGAAGUGGACGAAGAGCAGCCAGAUGCUCAUUUAGCUGCUGAAGAAGAAGGGAAACGUUUGGAGGAACUACAUAGGGAAGCAGAGAGGGAGAGAAGAGAGCAGCUUGAAAAGGCACAUCUCAGAGGAAGUCAUGCCUUGAAGAAGGUCCACUUGGCCAAGGACAGGGAAAGGCUACUGGAAGAACUGGAGCAAAUGCAGAGUAUGGAUCGGAUGCGCAGAAGGCAGGUUGUUGCACAGAUGCCACCUCAGCUUUUAGUGCCAGCAUACAAACGCCUGGAAGUAAAAGCAGAAUGGCAGAGAGAACUGGAGUCUGCAUUUGAAGAAAUGUACAGUGAAGACAGGAACAUGAAAGGAGACCUGAUUUUGCAUUUUGAGCCGCAACCUUUGCCAGCCCCUUCUGACAGAGUUCAAGAUAAUGAUCUUGAUAUCUCUUUGGAGCAAGAAUCUGCUUGUCACAGUCAACCAGAGCCUGCUUGUGAUAUUCAACUAGAAUCAGAACAUGUAAUAGAAGAGGAGGUCCCUAGUGAAUCAGAAAAUCAAGAAGAGGCAAAAACUUGCCAACCUUGGUCAAAACGUGCUUUAAAGAAAUUGCUGAAAAAGAUUAGAAGCCAAAAAGAAGAGUGGACAUCAAAAUGUGAGAAAGAGAGUCAGAGUGAAUUUGAGACUAUUGAAUCAGGCACAAUUGCUAGCGAAGAGAGACCAUUAUGUGAUUUAGAACUUGACAGUGAGCAGCAGAAAAACACAGUAUGUAAAGCCAAAGACUCUACGUUGGAAAAUAUAGUUGCAGAUGAAAAUUCGGUUCUAACCCAUCCUCAAGAACAAGCAGCUAAAAUCAGAAUGGAAGAGGCAGCUAAAAUUAGGAUGGAAGAGGAGAGACAGAAGUGGCAUGAGAAAAUAGAGCAACAGAAACAGGAGCAGCUGGCCUUGCUUAAACAAAUCGAAGAAGAGAAAGCACGCCUGGAGGCUGAUUUUCUGAAGAUCCAAAUGCAAUCCUGCUUGGAGGAGGCUAGGAAAAAAAAAGAAGAGGAAGAGCAAGGUCAGCUGGUACAAAGCCACAGUCUUCCUUCUACAGAUCAGCAAAACCAAGUGGAGCAUAAGACUGGAAAUACUACUGUAUCAGAAAUUAGGAGUCCUAGAGAAGACAGCCGUUUACAGAUGGUUCGUGACUUUCAACAACGUCUCCUACAGCAAAAUAGGCUGCACAAACAGACUAUUGAAGCAGCUAGAAAGCAGCUACAGGAGUAUCAGAAUACACUGAAGCACAGAUACUUGUCUCCUUCUGCAACACCUUCAAGCUCAAUGGAAACAAAAUCAAUUAAUUUAAAGCCUGUCUCAGAACCACUCCUACAGAGGCAAAGAGUGCCGCCAACACAGUACCAGGCAUUGGAACAAGUUAAUGCCCAAGAAUAUGCGCGGUCAUUACCAGCACUUUCAGGAACAUUGCAUGUGUUGGAAAAACCAUCUUCACGGAAACAAGAAGAGCAAACACAUAAUAUUUGUCCUGGCAAACCUGUGCAGUUUCCAGAAGCAUCAAAAUUGAAGCACAGAGAGUUUCACUUGCCGUGUUACUGUCCUUCACAGGAACAAGUGGGAAUGUUCAAAACCUCCAGUAAUCACAUCACAGAACCAUCUCAGUUCCAGUUGCCUCCAGGGUCAGUCACAAAAGAUGUCAGUGCAAUCAGAACACAACUAGAAGCACACCGACAACAACACGUUAGAUUUUUGUUGCCUGCAGAAGGUUCCUUGGAGUCUCCAGAAACAGUACACUUAAAAGAGUCUUCUCAGAAGAUACCUUAUCAUCAAACAGAGAUAGAAGCUGGAGAAGAGCCUCCACUUAAGAUACCCCUCAUACCAGCAACAAAGGGGUCUUGUAUAGUUCAGACAGCCUCAGUUGAUUCUUUGGCCUAUCAGCAGGGAUCUGUAGAGAGCACCAGCAAAACAAGCCCUGAAAAACCCUUCAGUCUUUCUCAGCCCAUGACUUUAGCGCAUGAAGAAUCUAAAGCCCAGAGUGUUGAGGAAUUCUUGAUAUCAAAAUCGGGAGAUGCAUCUUUGUUAAAUUACUCUAGUAUACUGAAUUUAAGGGACAGAGUGUUGGCCUCAUCAGAAAGCAUCCAAGCUCAGCAAAAGUAUUUGAAAGACUUGCAAGAGAAGCUAGAUGCACAAAGAGAAGCUCUUCUUUCCAGACAGAAAAUGCAAGAACAAGUACUUUUACAGAAGCAAGAUAAAUUGAAGGAACAGAUGCAGAGACAGCAAGAGGCUUUGAAAGAAUUUUUGAACAAGCAGGUGAGACAUAUAUGCUCAAAUGAAGAAAUCACAGAGGCACAAAAACCUGACUGGAUUAAUAGAACUGACUUUUUCAAAGUCUCAGAAAACUACCAGCAAGAAAACUGCAGCAGGAGUAAAUUUCAUGGAAGUGAAAUGAUUUCGCAGUGCAUUGGUCCAGUUGAGCAAACCGAAAAAUCUGAGAAAAUUCUCUGUAGAGAACAGAAAUGGAGAUCUUCCAAACCACCUGUGACAAGAGUCAAGUUAGGGCUUGGUUUGGAACAACAUGAACUUAGUAUUAUACCAGAGAUAGACACACCAAAGAGUUGCAACCUUUCUUUUGCAGAUAAAGCAGAUUAUGCUGGUGGAGAACCUUCCCCUGUUUCAACCAUUGGGGAAUUUGCUUAUGUGAAGUGCUACAGUCCCACUUUUUGCGAGGGCAGGUUACCCUUGAGCAUAACAAACUAUGAGGAACAAACCUCUAAUGGAAGUCCAAGGCAAACUAAACCAUCAGGGAGAUUAUUACAAGAGUUGCUGAUGAUGGCAGCUGAAACUUCAUAUGAUUCAGCCCAGUCCCAGGAUUCUCAAGUGUCUCAAGAUUCACCAGUGCUUGCUGCUGAAGUUGGAGAGGGAGUUAAAACAUAUUCUGGACCAUCAUUCACACUUGAUAAUACGGAAGUACUAGUUUCAGAGGCUUUCAUGCAAGGAAUACCCUGUGAUUUAACUUCAACAAUUUCCACUGGGAGCUUUUCAACUAGUGAAACGUUGGAUGCAAGCCCUGUUGGCCCUGGAUUGUCUUCUGAUGGUACAGAAGGUGGAAUUUUGAGAGAAACAACAAGCCGUCCUUUGAGCUCCUCGCUGUCUUUUACCUUGCAACAGAGGCAAGAGAAUUUGGCUGGAGUAUCUGAAACUCUGCUGUCUGAAGAAGACAUGCACCUUUAUAAAGAACGUCAGACACAGCAGGUCCUGGGGAAACAUACUGGGAACUUGAACUCAGAGGACAAUACAUGUUUCCAAGCUCUAGCAGCUGAGCUUUGUUUUCCAGAAAGAGAGAAACCUUUUCCAAACUUCCAUCACCAUCUCUUUCAGCCUCUGGAACCAACUGUUGACUUUGAUACAUCAUCAUCGUGUUCUCAAUAUGGAAUUUCACAAGACAGCAGAGAAUUUAGCGAGACUUCAAAAUUUUCAACAGAAAGUCCAGACAUGCUUACAUUUCUAGAAGUGGGAAACGCUGGUCUGAAUGUGCAAAGAAGCAGUCUGCCUUCUUAUCUUGAAACAAACAGGCAAAACAACAUUUCAUCAGAAGAGUCCAUUACAGAAAAUCUUACUCCAGGAUCUGAAGAAUCUUUUCACCCUCUUCAAUUAGAAUCUGCGCUGAGUGAUAUCUCUCAGAAUGCUGAUCAGCCAGUGGAUUGUAGGGCUGCAUUACAGAGAUCUUUUGAGCAAGCCCCUGGAACUGAAGAUGGGGGCCAUGAGAACUGUGUUUUACCUGCAAGAGAAUAUGAAGAACUGUCAAGAAGUAUGGAAGGUAUUAGCCUCCAGUGUUCAGUGGAAGGUCUGCGAAAUGAAAGUCUGAUUCCACUGGAAGAUCAAAAAUCACUUUAUCAAGUAGAUACCACGCCAGUUACAAUGGAUGAAACUUGUUCUCCACACUUAUUAAAAGAGACUGUGUCUUCAGAAAAAUUACCUUUGGAGGAAUUUGAUAAGAAGCAUGUGAAGCUUCCUGAAAAAUCAGUUCCUGUACAUGAAGUAAAUAAUGCUGUGGAGCUGAAUUCUCAGUGCAAUAUGAAUAUAAAGGAGCCAGAGCAAAGCUUUCCAGAAGGACAGGAAUGUUUGAGGGUUCUCAGAGAAACCAGCUUGGAAGACUCAGACAUCCAUUUGCAUGCUGUUGUACAACAAAACAGUUUUUUCCUGGAAAGACAUGAGAAACAUUCUCGUUCUGUGCCCAGAAGCUCAUGUAUUCCAGUCUGGGAGACUGAGUCAGGGCGUGGUAUUAUGGAAGAACCAGAACUCACUCUGAUAAGCUCAAAUGACAUCAGUACUGCAGAAUCGGACAUUGAACAUAUUAACCAACAGAAAAUUGAGGAUAAAAUCAAUAACCCAACCUGUGUGGGUCAGUCUGAAUGUAAUGUUUUUCCUGAGGAGAGAGAACUUUUACCACUAGCUCCAGAUGCAGAUUAUUCAGCAUUCACAAGGCCUGACAGCUCUCCCAAAGCCCAGAGUCCCAACAACAGUCACUGUCCGUCACAUCGGACUGCAGUGAUGCUGCUGGAGUUUGCAGCUACAUCUGGAAGUUUGCAAAAAUCCUUUUUAAAAAGAAAGCAGAACUUCAUCCAGGAAUCUCUGAAAAGAGUAGAAGAAAUAAAAAAGAGAGAGAGAGAAAAUGAAAAGCCGGAAGCCAGAAAGCUUCGAGGAGGAAAGUCUAAGGAGUUAAGAAGCAGACAAAAGGAGUUUUGUCUUCUCUCUGGAAAAAAUGGUGCAGUUGCCAGUCAGUUGAAAAAAGUAGGAGAAGUGAGAGUAUCUUCUCCAGAGGACAGGAAGGCCGGAGAAAUUGAAAUGCACCAGCGUACAUCCAGACUUUAUAAUCAACUCGAAGAAGUAAAAAUCAGACAGGAAGAAAAAACAAGGCAAGAAACUUAUGCUAAAAACAGAGAAAAAGCUAAAGAGUUUCAAAAGAAAAUGCUGGAAAAACUACGAGCCAAGAAGUCUUGGAAAGCACUGUGACAGGCAGCAGACUUUGAGCAAAAGCCUCGCUAUGGUAUUGGUACAACCCAGACAAUGUUUAAUUGCAAAGCCAUUAGGAAUCCUCAGCUUUAAGCUGUAGGAAAACAGUGAUUAACCCAAACCCCCUGUACUACCCUCCUGUUUAGGGAAAUCACUACAGAAGCAGAUGGCCUGCUGCUUUCAACAUGGUUUGUCUCAGAGUAGACGGGAAUGAAAGGCCUUUCUAGAUAUGCAUUUAUGUUUUAAAGGGAGAUACUAACUUUUGUAAUAUACAUGUAUAAAACAUUUUCAAAUAAAGUUGCGUUUUAAAGAUGACUUGAAUCAUUUUGAGGCAAGACAUUUCUGUAACGCUGGAGUUUUUAUCAGUUCUUUGCACUAUGAUUUAAGAAGUGUGGGUUCCUGUACACAUGCAGUACGUCUUUCAAGCACUUGAAGAGAAUAAAAAUCUUACUGUUGCUACUUCCA